AUGCUGAGGACUGUAGAGCAGGACAUGAAAAGGUCCAAACUUGUUUUACUCGUGGGUGUUGGUAAAGGGAAGGGUAAAGGUAAAGGUAAGGGUAAGGGUCAGGGAAAGGGAAAGGCCAAGGCUAAACCCAAGUCUAAACCCAAAGGGCAGGGUGCUCUUAGGCGUGAGAGUGGUGUUGGUAAAGGUGGAAGAGUAAUUUGCUUCUAUUGUGGCAAGCUUGGCCAUUGGAGAAAGCACUACAAGGCUUUCCUCGCUAGCAAGAAGAAGUUAGAGGCUUCAACUUCAGCUAUGUUCAUGGUUGAAAUUAACUUCUCUCCUUCAACAUCUUAG